UGCACGAAUGCUUCACACUCGGGCACGCAUUCCUACCUCUUUAGCAGUCUACCUGCCCCUCACCCUCGCCAUCGAGUCUGUAGGCGUCGAUACAACAGCCAAGCUCGCCCUCUACGUUGAAGCGUUCGCUCUCACUCGAGGCCUCUGCCAAAGCCCCGAACUCUUUCCGAGCUUCCGACGAGCGAUCGUCAAGCAGCAAAUUUCGAUCGCCUCGCGCUCAUUUCAGCCAGAUUGAUCGUCUGUGCGACGGAGAGCUGAUAGGUGUUGCAAGGGCGAGAGAGGCCUUUGCUUCGUAGCUUUGACGCCUCACAAAGAAUCGUCAAUCAAGGGCGCUGCGAGGGGCAGAGAGACGCAGAAUUGGCUUGGAAGGCCAUUCUCGCUCUCCAUUCACGCUCUCCAUUCACGCUCGCCAUCUAGCCAAGUCCUCGACAGCGCGACCGUCAUGGAUACCUCGAACUCUUCGCGGUCCACCACCUCGCGCCCACGCACGCUCAGCUCCUCGAAGCCGCGAAUGAAGCACACUGCAUCUUUCACUUUCACUGGUGCAAAUGCACUGGACCGAUCAGGCGCAACGGACUGGUCCAGACCACCUUCACCCUUGUUAC